AUGAUCAAGGCUAUAUUGGUAAUAAACAACCAUGGAAAGCCGCGUUUGCUCAAGUUCUACCAGUAUUAUACGGAAGAAAUGCAACAACAAAUAGUCCGUGAGACGUUCCAGCUGGUUUCAAAGCGAGACGACAACGUCUGCAAUUUUUUGGAAGGAGGUACACUCAUCGAUGGUAACGACUACCGACUCAUCUAUCGUCACUAUGCUACGCUCUACUUCAUUUUUUGUGUUGACUCGUCAGAAAGUGAGCUUGGAAUCCUGGACCUGAUCCAGGUUUUCGUUGAGACAUUGGACAGAUGUUUUGAGAAUGUGUGCGAGCUGGAUUUGAUAUUCCACGUCGAUAAAGUGCAUCACAUUCUCGGGGAGAUUGUGAUGGGUGGAAUGGUUCUCGAGACGAAUAUGAAUGAAAUACUGCUGCGUAUUCAAGAGCAGGAGAAACUGCAGAAAGCCGAAGCAGGAAUAGCUGCUGCACCCGCUCGAGCUGUAUCGGCGGUGAAGAGUAUGAAUCUUCCACAACAACUGAAGGACAUCAAGCUGCCAGACCUCCCUUCACUUUCUCACCUUAAAAACGCUUUUUGA